AUGCUCGAAGCGGAGCCCAUCGACGAAUUUGUCCAUGAACAAACAACUCGUAGCAAAGAAACAUAUCAACAGGAUUUGGAUGAAUUGAAUAUGGCUGAUAAGAGAAUUCAGAGAUUCGUCAGGAAUGGAGAGCCACGCGGGCAAAGAGAAAGGGCACGCCUGAUUGCAUACAUAAAGGCGAGGACGACAGCUGUACGCAGAGUGACAUUAAGCAUUGUACACCGUGACGGUAGAAUGCAUACUCUAGCUACAAAAAAACUACGAAAAAUCUCCUGUCCCCCCACCUUUAAAAAAAAUCGCUUCACCAACGUGGCAUGCUUCGACGAGAUUCUGGAUCGUGACAACGAAGACUUCUACUGUCAUGCAAACACAUUCAGCACCCCAUACGGAAACUUUGUCAUUUCUCAAGCACCCAAAGAGAACACAUGUGGAGAUCAUCUUCAUUUGAUGUGGAUCUACAAUGUUCGUACUGUAGUUUGUAUGGUUCCAGCCGAAGAAGCAGGUGGAUAUUUCGUCCCGAAAGAAGGCGAAUCUUUUACCGUAUUCCAAAAAUACACAAUGAAAACGAACACGAUUUUUGAUGAGAAACAAGGGCUUACUGUAUACCAAUGUGAGCUGAAAUCCUAUAAAGCACCAAAGGCUCAAUCUCGUCGAACCAUUUAUAUCAUUUGCUCGGAUACUCCUGUUGCUGCACUUCGAUCGCCACGUCAGCAGACUGUUCUAAUGGAAUACAUGUGGGCAUUUGAGGAUACUGAAGCCAUCGAACGUAAUGGAACGACAUCUGAUGCUCUGACAACAGUUCUCGUUCAUGGAGUAGCUGGUACUCGUCGUUGUGCAUCCUUCGUAGUUGCAGCUGUCAUGUGUCGUCAAAUUCUGGAAACUGGACAAUUUUCUGCAUUGGAGACGUGGAUUGAGAUGAGAUUGAGAAGAGCUCACACUUGUACUCGUAAACAUGAUUUCUAUUCAUCUCUCUACACUGUUUUUGCAUUUGCCGCUCAAUGUUGUACUGUCAGUGAAUCGGAAGCCACUUUCGUCAAAUCAAUGGAGAUUUUGAAAGUUCUAAUCGAGAAGUGCCAUAAUCGUAAGGAGGAUGGAACUGAGGAUUAG